AUGAGGGUCACAGCAUGGAUCGUCAGAUUUAUCAGAAAUUCACAAGCAAAGAAAGCAAGCAGAAUCAAAGGCCCAUUAUCUACCCCUGAAAUCCAAGAGCAGAUAACCCAGUGGGUAAAGCGAGUACAGAGUAGAGCAAAAAGCAAUGACAGUUUCAAAGAAGAUGAACAGAAGCUAAACAUCCAGAAGAAUGAUGAGGGGAUAUUAGAGUGCAGAGGACGGAUUCAGGGACAGUGCCCUAUUUACCUACCUUCAGACACACUGUUCACAGAAAAGCUGGUGAUGGAUUCUCACAUAAGCACAGGCCACGGGGGAGUCAGCAUGACAAUGUCAAGUGUACGAGAGAGGUUUUGGGUACCGAGGUUGAGAAAGCUUGUAAAGAAAUUGAGAUUCAAGUGUGCAGGAUGCAAGAGAUUUCAUGCAAGAGCAUUCAACAGUCCACCACCUGGGAUUCUACCAAAGGACAGAACUGGGGGAAGUAGUGUACGGUACUUUAUUAUUAUCAUUCGUUAUGUUGAUUAG